CUUCAUAGCAGCAGAAGUGAAAGAAGGAAUAUGGCCGGUUUGACGUGUCGUCGGGCCGUCCACUUGUGAUUUUGUUGUUCCCAAAAGUUCAGUUUCUUCAUGAAUCUCACCCUAUGUAAUCUCCUAUUGUUAUUGUGAUUCCUCUAUUCUAGUUGAGAGUCGUGAGGGAAGGGAUAUUCCAAUUCACCCUCACCCAAUCUCAGCUGUAUUACUACUAAGUCUCAAUACCUUGGAUCUGCUUGACAGGCAGCACGUAACUUCUGGACAUCACUACGUCGUCGACUUUCACUUCUGUUUAUUUGUGAUAUUGAGCUUUUUUGUGUACCCUAAAACAUGUCUCUUGAAAAGAGCCUUAUCAUUGAAAAUGAUGAAUCCCCACCUGGGACGGUCAGACUUGUAAAGCAGCUAUCUGAACCCAACGAUUUCAACAGCAGCAUCAACAAUGCUCAUUCUUCUGCGCUUAUUUCUCGUCAGAGCUCAAGCAAGUCCCUAGGUCGUUCUUCAACAGCAGAUUCCAGUUUCGACAGCAUCUCCCCCGAACCUCUAAGUCUAGAAAGCAGCGAAGAACAAUCGACGCCAAUCCGGAAUCGUAUCCGCCGGAGUGAAACCCUGCCACCCAUCAUCUGUUCAUCCGAAGAAGUCUUAAAUAAUGAAGACUCAAAUGAUGAAUUCAAAGGAGAUUCGGCUGAAAUUCCGAAUGGAAACAUGGCGACAAGCGGAUUGGACCAUGGCGGAGGAUCUUCUCAUCUCGUGUCACCGGAACGCUUGGCUCCCGCACUCUCCUACCCUUGUCUCUUUACGGCCACGACGACGUCGUCGGGUCAAUUAUCGACGACCGCAACGUCCACCUCCGGCAUCGCCACAUCCACCCUGCUCGCCUCGUCGCCCAAUUUGGCAGGGUCCGCAGUGGAGACAACAACUACGACACUAUCAUCGUCGUCCUCGUCGAACAGUAACAGCAAUUCUUCGUCUUCGGAGGCGACGGAAGCGACCACAACCGGCCCAGCACCGGUGGUUGCAGCUUUUUCAUCCUCGUCCCCCUUGAACAGCAGCAGCAGCAGCAGCACCGGCUGCUGCAAUGGUUCCGUAGCUGAUCAUGAAAUGAGCCCUUUAGUUUCACCCCCGUCGCCCAUCCUCGGUGGCCAUCAGAGGCCGUCCAGGUCCCGUAGUCCAUCCAGUCCGUCGCCAACGCGACCCAAUGAGUCGUCUAGUAGAGAAGCUAGUCUGGAAAAAGCAUCCGGUAGUGGUGGUGGAACAGGAGGGGUUGAUGUUUCGCUGGAUCAAAUAUCGGUAGAAGGCGGGGAAUCGGGAAGCGCUGGAUCGAUGCGAUCCUUUGAACAUUUACCAAGAAAUAUGCCAAGUGGUCCAGAAAGUACGAAUGGCAGCAAGUUGGCAUCGUCUCUCUUCUAUUUUGCUCAGCAGGGCCGUAGUGGCGGAAGGAAAAAGUCUGCCUGGUACCAAAUGUUGAAUCCAACGUACCGUUCACGUUGCGAGGAUUUCAAACGGAUUUUCAAAGAUUUGCCUGUGGACGAGCGAUUGAUUGUCGAUUAUUCGUGCGCACUGCAACGCGACAUUUUAUUGCAGGGUCGCAUUUACGUCACACAGAAUUAUCUCUGUUUCUACGCCAACAUUUUUCGCUGGGAGACGCUGGUGCAACUUCGAUGGAAAGAAGUGUCUUCGCUAACAAAAGAAAAGACGGCUCUGGUGAUCCCGAAUGCAAUCCAGAUCUGCACCGAUGCGGAUAAGCAUUUUUUCUGUUCUUUUGGUGCCCGUGACAAAACCUACGUCGUCCUCUUCAGAACUUGGCAGCAAGCUCUUCUUGAUCAGCCGUUGGGUAAUCAGGAAUUGUGGAAAUUUGUCCAUUCGGUGUACGGCACGGAGUUGGGAUUCAGCAGCAACGACGAGGCUGGAACGUCAACAUCCAUCGUUUGUGGCGUCAGCGCUUCUGCCGGCGAGGCGUCCCCUCUCUCCGAAGUCAAUCAAGUCCAGCCGUCCAUUUCUCUGCAGCAACUAAGCUCACCUAGUCCGUCGUUGCAUUCGGCCCAAACGUCCAACGACGACGACAGUGGCAACGUCGUCCAUCCCAUCAGUCACAACGUGAUCCGCAAUCGUCAUCAUCACUACAGCCGACGUCAUCAGCUGCCGAGUGACACGACGGGCUCAGAUUGGAGAGAAUCACUGGGCAUCAGUAGCGGUACCAGUGCGGUAGGUGACGGAGGUAGCAGCAUAAUCGGAGGAGGAGGCGGAUCAGCUGUUGGAGGUGGGCCAAGUGUGAUCAUCAUGAAGGACAUGCCGUCUGCUGGAGGUGGCGGAAGUGCAGGCGAUGCCGACGUUCCUCCGCGUUACAGCGAAACGUCCGAAUCGGAAGACGAUCGUUACAUGAAUGACGAGGCCGUUCAAUGUCCCGUCCUUCAUGAGGGCCGUGAAAUGGUUAGCAUGGUCAUGCCGAUGAGCGUCGACGAGUUGUUUACUCUUCUCUUUACCAAUUCCACGUUUUACAUUGAUUUCAUCACGACAACGCGCAAAUGCACAGAUUUGCAGGUGAGCCCGUGGCAAGAAGCUGAAACAAAUCCAGCGGAAAAAUUCCGCACUGUUGCAUUUACUAUUCCAUUAAACAACAAUAUCGGCGUCAAGAGUACGCGUGCCGUUGAAAGUCAGACUUUGUUGGAUGUAAGCCGAGCCGGUGAUUUCUACGCGAUUGACGUGGAAGCUUCUAAUAGCGGAAUUCCUUACGCUGAAACGUUUGCCGUCUGUUGCCAUUGGUGUCUGAUGCGUUCGGGUUAUCGAAAGUCCCGCCUCGUCAUCUACUCGCAAAUCAAAUACAAAAAAUCCGUCUGGGGCAUCGUCAAAACUUUCAUCGAGAAGAAUGCGUGGGCAGCUCUUGAAGAGAAUUUCGAUCAGAUGAAACGGAGUUUGUUGGCAAUGCAAUCGUCGAGAGAUGCCGAAGACGUCAGGAUCGAAAGGCGAGCCGAAUUGCCUUCGUCUUCCGGCACGGGCUCUGGCGGUGCGAUGGGCGUCGUCGGACCGAUGGGCGGAAGCGGACCGUUGAAGAAACGACAUCAUCUCCACUCGAGAGCCACCAGGAGACGCAAGGACGGCAUGAUGGAUAACGGUGUGGACAAACGAGGAUUGGUAGAGUCUCCUCGCUCUUCCGGCAGCGUCAAACAAUCGGCCACUGGUAGCGGCGCUAGCGUCGGUGCUGGACGUCUCAGCAAAACGGCCAUUUCCUCGUCGUUGUCGUCGUCGUCGUCGUCGCCGAAUGCACCGUCUUCAGCGUCGUCGCCACCUGGCGGUUGCAGUGCCGUAUUCUACGUGGUCUUGGUUUCUUUGAUCCUGUUGCUCUGCACCAACGGCUUCCUGUUCUCCAAAAUUUGGGCGUUGGAACAGCUGGCCGAAGAAUUAGCUCGCCAUCCGCCCUCUUGCCUUUCGGCCGCCAACAUGGCCGAUCUUCGUGUUUUGACAGCCCAACCAAAGUCACCGGAGGAAUGGAUGAGAAUUUUACGCCAACAAGAGACUCUGUAUCGAUCGACUGAAUCGAAAUGGCGAUCGACUCUAUCGGCCAUGAGUGGCUACUUGAAACAAACGCAAGAGUCGCUGACCAACUUGGAAAAAGAAAUCGAACCCGAUUCCGAUUUGAUUCGGGCCAUUUUAGAGAAAAUUCAAUCACCUGCCUCCUCUUCUCCUGUUCCUCCCGUUAAAUACCACCCGCCUCGGUCCACUUCGGCUAGUGAUGACCAUCACACUGAAUUGCCCAGUUAGCGUAACGUAAAUAGGGGAAAAGAAGAAUAAUUCAUCACUUUGUCCAAUUCCAUUUAUGACCACCUUUUAAAACUAAUCACCACACGUACACGUACACGUACACGUACACACAAGGAAAAAGCAACGGGCAGGAUCCCCCUGUUAAGUUUGGUUUUCUUUUAUUAUUAUAAUUCUUAUUACUUAUACAAAAAAAAAUAUCUAUAUUAUAUUCAAAGUGAGGGGAUAAAUCGUGAAAAAAAAAAUCUGAGGUGUGCGGUAGGUAGUUUAGCAAGCCCCACUCCAAAGUAUUGAAAAUGAUUCCAAAAUAAUGUGGUACUCUUUAACUGCGAUAAAUACCCUCACCAUCACCACCACCACUCCACCCCCUUUAGAAAAGAAAUCUUAUUAUUUGUCAUAUCAUGGUAUUUAGCAUCGCAUUGGUCUACUCUUCUUCAAGUAGGUCGAAGAAAGAGAGAGAGAAACAAACAGUUCUAGUUGUCUAUUCCUCCCUGGUGUAUGUAAUCCGAAUUGAAUAAUCGUACGUCUAGAAAAGAUCCCAGUCAGAAUGAAGAAAAACAAAAAGCCUCCGCUGUAUGUAUUAAUUGUAUCUGUGUCUUUCUAUUGUUUGUUUCGUCCGCAAUCGGAAAUUAUAUCUAUAGGAAAGGCAAUGGAAUUUCAAAUCAG